CUUCAGGGCAUAGCAGUUCGGAGGUUUUCUCAGCAAUAUGGCUGGAAGCAGUAUGGCUCAGAAGACUUGGGAGCUAACAAAUAGCAUGCAGGAAGUUCAAAGUAUUGAUGAAAUUUACAAGUAUGACAAAAAACAGCAACAAGAAAUUCUAGCAGCGAAACCAUGGACAAAAGACCAUCACUACUUCAAAUACUGCAAGAUCUCAGCUUUGGCUUUGCUGAAGAUGGUGAUGCAUGCCCGAUCUGGGGGUAACCUGGAGGUGAUGGGACUGAUGUUGGGUAAGGUGGACGGAGAGACGAUGAUCAUAAUGGACAGCUUUGCUCUGCCAGUGGAGGGUACGGAGACUAGGGUGAACGCACAAGCUGCAGCCUAUGAAUACAUGGCUGCAUACAUAGAGAACGCCAAACAGGUUGGGCGCUUGGAGAACGCUAUUGGAUGGUACCACAGUCACCCGGGUUACGGAUGUUGGUUGUCAGGUAUUGAUGUCAGCACUCAGAUGCUCAACCAGCAAUUUCAGGAGCCUUUCGUUGCUGUCGUGAUUGACCCAACUCGCACCAUAUCUGCUGGGAAAGUUAAUCUAGGAGCUUUCAGAACCUAUCCCAAGGGCUACAAACCACCCGAUGAAGGACCGUCAGAGUACCAGACAAUUCCCUUGAAUAAGAUUGAAGACUUUGGGGUGCACUGCAAGCAGUACUAUGCAUUGGAAGUUACUUACUUUAAAUCAUCACUUGACCGCAAAUUAUUGGAGCUCCUGUGGAAUAAAUACUGGGUUAACACUCUAAGUUCAUCAAGUCUGCUGACAAACUCGGACUACACCACGGGACAGGUGUUUGACCUGUCGGAGAAACUCGAGCAGUCAGAAGCUCAGCUGGGUCGGGGCAGUUUCAUGCUGGGCCUGGACACACACGACAGAAAGUCUGAGGACAAACUCGCCAAGGCAACCCGAGACAGUUGCAAGACGACCAUUGAGGCCAUUCAUGGGUUGAUGUCCCAAGUAAUCAAAGACAAGCUCUUCAACCAAGUCAAUACUUCUGCCAAUUAACAGCCCUUACAAAAGUGCAUUUGGUUUGUUUGAAAGGUAUUCUGUAUUUAGUUUUAAGUGUUAUAGUUGGAUUCUGAAUGAUCCUGGGGAGACAUAAUGUAACCCUGGGGAGACAUAAAUGUAACCCUGUUCUUGCUAUCUGAAUAAAAAAAGUAAAAAACUACAA